CAAACUUCUAUUAUUGACGCAUGCGUACUAAACUUUUUACUUUCGUUCUUGGAAAGCGGGUAAUUUUCAGUAAACCAAAGAUGCCAGAGAUAGCUAUAGAGAUGGGAGAAACACCAAAUGAAUUUCAGUUGAAAAACCCACCAAAUGAUGGCAUAUCAAGUGUAAAAUUUGGUCCUAACUCUAGCCAGUUUCUUCUUGUUUCAUCAUGGGACUCUACAGUCAGAUUGUACGAUAUUGUUGCCAACAACAAGAGAAUGGAAUAUUUUCAUUCUGCACCAGUUUUAGAUUGUUGUUUCCAUGAUGCAGUUCACUCAUACAGUGGAGGACUUGACAACACACUGAAAAUGUUUGAUUUUAAUACAAAUUCAGGUACUACCGUGGGUACUCAUGAAGCACCUAUAAAAUGUGUAGAGUAUUGUCCUGAGGUCAAUGUUGUAAUAACAGGUAGUUGGGAUUCAACGGUCAAAUUAUGGGAUCCACGUACUCCAUGUGCUGCUGGAUCAUUUAGUCAACCAGACAAGGUGUACACAUUAUCGGUGUGUGGUGACAGAUUGGUCGUAGGAACAGCAGGAAGGAGGAUUCUGGUCUGGGACCUAAGAAACAUGGGAUAUGUACAACAGAGAAGAGAAUCAAGUCUCAAAUAUCAAACAAGAUGUAUCAGAUGUUUUCCAAAUAAAAACGGCUAUGUUUUAAGUUCUAUUGAAGGUAGAGUAGCUGUAGAAUACCUAGACCCAAGUCCUGAAGUUCAGAAGAAGAAAUAUGCAUUUAAAUGUCACAGAAUCAAAGAGAAUGGAGUAGAAAUGAUUUAUCCUGUAAAUGCUAUAGCUUUCCACGCACAACACAAUACUUUUGCUUCAGGAGGAUCUGAUGGUUAUGUCAAUAUAUGGGACGGAUUUAAUAAAAAACGACUUUGUCAGUUUCACAGAUAUCCUACCAGUAUUGCUUCCCUUAUGUUCAGCCAUGACGGAUCAGUUCUUGCGAUUGCCUCUUCGUACAUGCAUGAAACAGAUGAUGCUGUGGAUAUUCCUCAGGACUCUAUAUAUAUCAGGAAUGUCAGUGAUCAGGAAACCAAACCAAAAGCUUGAACACCAUCAAUUAAUGUUUUUUUUUUAUCAGAUUCAAGCCACAUUACAGUACUCUGGAUUCAUUUAUUUAAUUUGGUAUUAAUUUUUUCUUGUGGAUAUUUAAUUUUUGUGGUUUUGUCAAUCACUGCAUAAAAAGCCUUUGGGAAGUUUGUUAUUUAUUGAACAUUUGAAAUCAUGGUUCACCUAGCUAUAGACGGCCUGUACCCACAAAAUCCAGGAAAAAUGGUAUCCUAUGAAUAAUGAUGAAUCCACAGUACAUAGUCUUUUUAUGAGUACAUAUAAUGUGUCUCUAAAUGAAGACUGACUUGGUAAUCUAAGAAAAUUUCAGAAAUGUGCAUUUUGUCAUACUAUAACAUUUUAUCUCAUUACCAAAUUGUAUUCAAUGUCAAAUUGAACUGUGUAUAUACGUUGAUGUAACAUAUGCAUAUUAUCUUUCAUUUUAUUUAUAAAAUUAAAAUGUUUUUAUUAUUGCACCAUGA